AUGGCUUCUGAGGAUUGUUCAACACGGUCGGAAAGUAAUAUAAGCACCAAGGAUGGCAAGUCGAGGCUGCGAUUCGACGAAUCCGUCACCGUGAUUUACGGAACCGGGGAAACCGAAAUUGAGACGCUUCACGUUCCAGAAGACUCCUCCUCCUCCGCUUCUGGUGCGGAGCCUCGCGAGACCGCGAGCAGUCAAUCGGAUGGAGCCUUGCGGGACGAAGCAGACGGCUCAUCUGAAAGCCAUGGCCAACAAGCCGCAGCAGCGUUCGGAAUGCGCCACGGCGAGGCGGAAGGCGAUGACCUUGCGGAGGAUUUUGAUUAUUUAGAUCUGGAGGAUUUGGAGCAGACGUGGCCGGAGCGGAGGGAGAGCAUUCUCGGCACGCGAUGCGGAUCGCCUAAAGGCGCCACGGAGAUCGGAAUAAUGCGGUCGGAUGCGAUUAGCAGAGCAUGGCAAGGCGGCGUGGCAGGCGGCCCCGCCCAGCCAGUGCUUUUCAAGCUCGAAUGUCUGCUGCUCUGCUCCUUGCAUGCCUCUGCUGUGGCUGGGGCUGGGGCUGCUCACAUGGCGUUGCUGUGCUGUGCGCUGUACAUUGUGCGGGACAUUGAGAGUGUUGUGCAUGCUCUGUGGUUGUUGUGCAUGCUCUGUGGUGUGGUGUGGGAUCCCUGUGGGUGCCAUGAAAGGCAUGAUCCACAG